AUUCCUCAUGCACACUCACAGACAGCAGCAGCAGCACUUCAGUGUGAGGCAGAGCACAGCGGGGAAACCUCCAUUUACUCUCACUGUCGGCUUGUUUUUAUCACCACUGAGGAAACGCCUCGCUCCCUGACCUUACUGUCUCCGAUUUAUGCUGCGUGGGGAAGAAAUCUGAUCAGGCUCUUUAUAAUCAUACAGAGGCGAUAAACGGAGGUCUGCGGUUUGCAGUACAACAUAUCAUCUGAAAACAGGAGGAGAACCCAACGCCCUUCCCAGACUGACCAUGCAUACCUGCGUGGGUUGAUGUGUAAUUGAGAUUGAGGAUGCUUUUAUGCGUUCGCAUGGAUAAGCAUGGACCGUUGACACGUUGAGGUGCCUCUCUUGUGCAUGUUUCAUGGAUCAUUUUACAGGAUCCUAACCUGGUGGUUUUUCCUUCAGUCUCAAAGUCAUCAGGUUUGGAAGCUAAAUAACCAAUGCAUUGGGAGCCUGGGAGCCUCAAGCUGGUCUUCAGACGCUAGUAGAGGCAAAGAUAGGCGAGGCUGCUAUGUGAUUUAUUGAUUGUUACCCAUUCAUCAUAAGAUGGGGAACGGUUUCUCCAACAUUGCAGCAUUCCAGUCCCUGCACAUUGUGAUGCUCGGAUUGGAUUCGGCCGGUAAAACCACUGUACUGUAUCGGUUAAAGUUCAACGAAUUCGUCAACACCGUUCCCACCAUUGGCUUCAACACGGAGAAGAUCAAACUCAGCAAUGGCACCGCCAAAGGCAUCAGCUGUCACUUCUGGGACGUUGGCGGACAAGAGAAGUUAAGACCCUUGUGGAAAUCCUACAGCCGCUGCACGGACGGUAUUAUUUACGUGGUGGACUCCGUAGAUGUCGACCGACUUGAGGAAGCCAAGACGGAGCUGCAUAAAGUCACCAAAUUCGCGGAGAACCAAGGAACUCCUCUGCUGGUGAUCGCAAACAAACAGGACCUCCCGAAAUCCCUGACGGUCGCCGAGAUCGAGAAGCACCUGGCGCUCCAUGAACUGAGUCCUUCCACUACGUACCACGUCCAACCGGCCUGUGCCAUCAUUGGUGACGGUCUCCAUGAAGGAAUGGACAAACUAUAUGAGAUGAUCGUCAAACGAAGGAAAUCUCUUAAACAGAAGAAGAAACGAUAGACAACUGCAGACUUGUAGAGACAUUUAAAGGGACAGUUCACCCAAAAAUAACACCUUUGUCAUCAUUUACUCCACCUCAUGUUGUUUCAGACCUUUAUGACUUACUUUUUUCUGUAUUUGACCACACAAUGAAAGUCAAUGGGGUCCGAAACGAACAUUUGGGCCCCACUGAUUUUCAUUGUAUGAACAACAGAAACAGACAUUUGUAUUGUAGAAGAAAGAAUGUUGGACAGGUUUGGGACUACAUGAAGGUGGAUAAAUGAUGACAGAAUUGUCAUUUUUUGAUAAAGGAAGUGUUGCCAUUAAAGACAUGACCGGUUUUGCGAACCUGAUCUCACGGCAAUUUGUACAUAUUUUACGAGGUGGCUAAUUUGUAUGAAUUUUUUACGAAUUACCUACACCUAACCCCACCCCUAAACCUAUCCGUCACUGGGGUUUAGACAAAUCAUACAAAAUCGUACGAGUGAGGUCAAAUGACUUUGUACGAAUUAGCCACCUUGUAAAAUACGUACGAAUUGGUUGUGAGUUAGCAUUGGUUUUGCAUUGGUGUGCAGGAUUCGGUAACUUUCAUUAAUAUCACUUUGCUCAACAGAUCUUUAGUUAAUGUACAUUCAUAGUGUCUGAAACAUUUGCAAAAAUAUUCAUAUUUGAAUCUACACGAACUCUUGAUCUGUUAACGGUGAUAGCUUAAAAUAUGCUGUCUGUUCCUGUAGCUCAAUUGGUAGAGCAUUGCGGUAACAAGCUCAAGGUUGGGGGUUCGAUUCCCUGGGAACACGUGAUAGGUCAAAAUUGAUACCCUGAAUGCACUGUAAGUCGCUUUGGAGAAAAGCCUCUGCUAAAUGCAUAAAUUUAAUUUAGCUUAAAUACAAAGAGUAAAAUAAAGGAUAAAGAGUAAAAUAAAAUAACAGAAAAUAAAAAAUUUGUUUUUUAUUUUGCAACACAGCAAUUUUGCCUCAAAUAAUGGCAUGAGUUUGGGGGCAGGGCUCUCUGUUUGUGUAACCAAUUGCCGACAAGUUUGGGAAACCUGUUGGAAAACAAUCAUUGUUUUUGCGAUUCGGUUUUGGUGCUGAUUGUUUAACACUUUUAAGAAUGUUUCUUUUUGAAGUUUUUGUUGAAAGCUUCUAUAAUGCGUUACUGAAGAUUAAAAAAAAAAAAGAAAUACAAGUGAAAUAAGUAAAUAAUAUGCUUACAUAUAGAACCAAAAACGUAUAUAGCAAGACAAUAUAGAACUAGUCAAUCAUUUAAAAUGCAUUAAUAUGAGAGAAAAAAAAAUGGGCUGGACCCAUGUUGCUGCUUGAUAUUUACGAUAAUAAACGCUAGCCUGUGCUUUGAAGAAACCCUAUACGAAGACUACUUUUGCUAUGACAUGAUUACUAAAACUGAAUGCCCACAUUCACCUUUAUGUAAAUUUAAACGAAUCAAAUGAUAAUUUUGUAAAUUUAUUUUGCUCUUCUUGCAUAAGUAGCAGCACAUUUAACCAUAUAGUUUCUGUUUGUUUUCAUUUUAAUCUUUCUGUCUUAAAAUUUAGGCCCUGACCAUAUAUAUAAGUCAGAUUUGUGAGAUACAACCUCAGAAUUCUGAAAAAACAGUAAAAAUUGUGAGAGAUAAACUCACAAAAGUCUGAGUUUAUUUCUCGCAAUUCUGUUUAUUUUUACUUCGCAGAAUUGCGAGAAUUCCGUGGCUGAACAUUACUCCCAUAAUGUCCAGAUACAUUUAUUUUUGCGUAAAUUCUACAUUUAGCUACAAUCGGAGGUUGUUGUAUUAUGAAACCAUGUAGUGAAAUGAAGACUGUUUAUGCACAUGAUGCCAAAAAUAUUCAAAAUAAAUUAUACUCAAAUAUACAUAA